AUGGAUCAUAAAAAUAUAUCUGGAAUUACUCUUCAAAAACUUAAAAAUGCAGCAAAGAGAGGAGUGAAAGUUUUUCUCAUCAUCGACGACUUAAAUUUCUAUGCAAACAAAGACUAAGUACGAUAAUUAGAACAGGCAGGAGGAAUGGUUAUUAGAAAUAAUCCAUUCAGAUAGUUUUACAGGCAUCUUAUGUCAUUCAGAGUAGCACCAAUAUUUUAAAGAAAUCAUUAGAAGGUGAUGUUAGUAGAUGAUAACAUAUUCUGUGGGUCUUUAAAUAUUGCUAAUAUGUACUCUAGUGUUCGUUAUGGCGAUGGCUAAUUCAGAGAUCUGAAUAUUAUUUUAAAAAGACAUCCAUCAAAGAAAACUAGGGACUUUUUCAGAGAUAUGAUAAUCAGAAAUGCUUAAUUCUAUCCAAAUAUGAUUAAGGAAAAAGAGAUUAAUGACACAUUUGAUGACAUAGAUGAUAAGUAUCACAGACUUUAUAGUAAAUUCUACAAAGAAUAAAAAGUUAAAAACCCUGAGAUAGGGGUAUUCUUAUAAGAAACUCCUCCACAAGUGACUGAAGUCAGUAAGGCUGUGCUUGAUAUUAUUAAAGAAGCUUAGCAUUCUAUUAAGAUUAUAUAGCCCUAUGUUUAGAAUGUAGAAGAGCUAGAAAAUCUUUUGGUUGAGGCAAUGGAAAAGAGAGGAGUCAAGGUAGAAAUAGUGACUGCAAGAAUCAGAGAUCAGCCUGUCUAUAGAACCUUUUUGAACGCAGACCUCUUUAAGUACCUGAAAUCACAUGGUGCUGUUGUUUAUGAAGAACCCUAUAAAUUUUUACAUAUGAAGGCUGUUGUUGUUGAUGAUGGAAAAUUUAUGACUCUAGGUAGUUUAAAUUAAGAUAUUUGGAGCUUUUACUGCAAUAAUGAAGCAAAUAUACUGCUUGUUAACGAAAAAGUUGACCCUUUGAGACCUACACUCGCAUAUACUACUUUCAUGCAAGUAUUCAACAAUCUAAAGAGAGAAUGUAGACUUGUGGAUGACAGGGAGAAGUACUCUCCUAUGGGUUACAUCGAAAAUACUUUCUGGAGGGUGUUCUUGGCAUGCUCCUACUUUAUUGGAAAAGGAAGAUGA